UUGUCGGUCUUAACUACCAGAGGAUUUGUGGCCGGGACUUGUAUAACUUGUGAAGAUGACUUUCGCCAUGCUGCGGCCCGUGGCGACACACUUGAUCUAUUCUGACUUCACCAUCACGUCCGAGGAUGAUGAAAACCGCAGCGAAAGCGACGGCAGCUCGGAGCAAAGUUACUGUGGCUCCACCAAAAAACGCAGAAGGAUUUCGCACCGACUGGAAGGGCAGACCCCGGUGGUGGUGAAACAGAGGAGCGCAGCUAACGCCAGGGAGAGAGGCAGGACCCAGAGUGUCAACACCGCAUUCACAGCUCUCCGGACUCUCAUACCCACCGAGCCAGUGGACAGAAAGCUCUCCAAGAUUGAAACUCUCCGACUGGCAUCCAGCUACAUUUCCCAUCUGGCCAACGUGCUUCUUCUCGGAGACGGCGGCGCUGAUGGACAGCCCUGCCUCGGCGCGGUUCAUGCGCGAGGAGAGAGCGGGGCGCAGCAGCCGCGGACCAUCUGCACCUUCUGUUUGAGCAACCAGAGAAAAGGGAUAAAGGAUGCCAAAGACUGUUUAAAAAUGCGAGGGCUGGGUCCGCUGCGAAUGAGACGCUGACUGAAGACCAGCGAAUGAUUAGCAACCUGAAAAUCCUCAAAGACUUUCUCAGGGAAGAGUCAACGCUGGUGUUAGCACAAACACUCACACCAACACACACAUGCUGGAUCAAAUGAUGGAAACAAAGAAGAGACUAUUUAUACUUGACUGAGAAAAUGUAAGCAUAAGCCUUUCAAAGAUGCAGUGCAUUUGUUUGAAACUUAUGAGUUUUUGUCCUUUUUUUGCCCCUCGAAAGUUUAAAAUAAAAUAUAUUUUAUCAAAAUAAAA